GAAAACAUUUGAGCUUUGGCUGGCUUCUGUGGUUAGGGAUGUUGUCCUGGAAGAAGUGUCAUGGACUGGGCAUGGCGCGGCUCUUGGGUUUCUGCUUGUUGGUUCUGUUUUUCUGGAGGGGCUCCCAGGCUUGCCCCACGUCCUGCACAUGCACUACUACUCGGAUCUGGUGCAGCAAUCCUUCUCCGGGUAUCAUGGCCUUUCCAAGACUGGAACCAAACAGUCCCGACCCAGAGAAUAUCACAGAAAUUUAUAUUGCGAAACAGCCAAGGUUAGAGACCAUCAUUGAAGAUGACCUGGAAGGAUAUGUGGGGCUUAAAAAUCUAACGGUAGUGGAAUCAGGACUAAUAAUGGUGGCUCAUCAAGCAUUUCUGAAAACCCCUAAUCUUCAGUACAUCAAUUUUACCAAGAACAAAUUGACAAGUUUGUCUAGGAAGCAUUUCCGUCAUCUCUUCUUGACUGAGCUAACUUUAGUGGGCAAUCCAUUGAAGUGCUCUUGUGACAUCCUAUGGAUCAAGACAUUCCAAGAGACUAAAUCCAAUUCAGAGAUGCAGGAUUUAUACUGCACAAAUGAAAACAAACAGAAGAUUGCUCUGAAAGACCUGAAGAUACCCAACUGUGUUGUGCCAUCAGCAAAUUUGAUCUCACCCAAUCUCACAGUUGAGGAAGGGAAGUCCAUCACAUUGUUUUGUAACACAUCAGGACAUCCAGCUCCUGAUGUAUCCUGGGAAGUCGGUAAUCUGGUUUCCAAACAUAUGAAUGAAACAAACAAAGCAUCAUCGGCCUCUUUAAAGAUAACUAACAUUUCAUCUGAUGACAGUGGAAAACAAAUCUCGUGUGUGGCAGAAAACAUUGUAGGAGAAGCGCAAGAUACUGUCAACCUCACGGUGCAUUUUGCACCAACUAUCACAUUUCUCGAAUCUCCAACCUCAGACCACCACUGGUGCAUUCCAUUCACUGUGAAAGGAAACCCCAAACCGACGCUGCAGUGGUUCUAUCAAGGGGCCAUUCUGAAUGAGUCUAAGUACAUCUGUACUAAAAUACAUGUUACCAAUCACACCGAAUACCAUGGCUGCCUUCAGCUGGAUAAUCCUACUCACAUGAACAAUGGUGUCUACACCUUAAUGGCCAAGAAUGAGUAUGGCAAAGAUGAGAAGUGGGUCCAGGCUCACUUCAUGGGCCGUCCUGGAAUUGAUGACGGUACAGACCCAAAUUACGAUAUUGACCUUUAUGGUGGCUAUGAUUAUGAGACCACACCUAAUGAUAUUGGAGAUACUACAAAUAAAAGUAAUCAAAUCACUUCAACAGAUGUUUCCAACAGAGAGAAUGAAGAUAGCAUCACGGUGUACGUUGUAGUGGGAAUUGCAGCAUUGGUAUGCACUGGUUUGGUGAUAAUGCUGAUUAUUCUUAAAUUUGGAAGACACUCCAAGUUUGGCAUGAAAGGUCCUUCUUCAGUUAUCAGCAAUGAUGAUGACUCCGCCAGUCCACUCCAUCACAUCUCCAAUGGAAGUAACACUCCAUCUUCUUCAGAAGGAGGCCCUGAUGCUGUCAUUAUUGGAAUGACCAAGAUUCCUGUCAUUGAAAAUCCCCAGUACUUUGGAAUCACAAACAGUCAACUCAAGCCAGACACAUUUGUUCAGCACAUCAAGAGACAUAACAUCGUUCUGAAAAGAGAACUAGGAGAAGGAGCCUUUGGAAAAGUUUUCCUAGCCGAGUGUUAUAACCUCUGCCCUGAACAGGAAAAGAUCUUGGUGGCUGUAAAGACACUGAAAGAUGCCAGUGAAAAUGCCCGCAAGGACUUCCACCGAGAGGCUGAAUUGUUGACCAAUCUCCAGCAUGAGCAUAUUGUGAAAUUCUACGGUGUCUGUGUUGAAGGGGAUCCUCUUAUCAUGGUCUUUGAAUAUAUGAAGCAUGGAGAUCUCAACAAAUAUCUCAGGGCCCAUGGUCCAGAUGCUGUGCUCAUGGCAGAAGGCAACCGCCCCACUGAAUUGACCCAAUCCCAGAUGUUGCACAUUGCCCAGCAGAUUGCAGCUGGCAUGGUUUACUUGGCAUCCCAGCAUUUUGUGCACCGUGAUCUUGCCACCCGGAACUGCUUGGUCGGAGAGAACCUACUGGUGAAAAUUGGUGACUUUGGGAUGUCCCGUGAUGUAUACAGUACCGACUACUAUAGGGUUGGGGGCCAUACAAUGUUACCCAUCCGCUGGAUGCCUCCGGAGAGUAUCAUGUAUAGAAAAUUUACCACGGAAAGUGAUGUCUGGAGCCUGGGGGUUGUCUUAUGGGAGAUUUUCACCUAUGGCAAACAGCCAUGGUAUCAGCUCUCAAACAACGAGGUAAUUGAAUGCAUCACACAGGGCCGAGUCCUGCAGAGGCCUAGAACGUGUCCAAAGGAAGUGUAUGACCUGAUGCUGGGGUGCUGGCAGCGAGAGCCUCACAUGAGGCUUAACAUCAAAGAUAUUCAUUCCCUCCUUCUGAACUUGGCCAAGGCAUCCCCAGUCUACCUGGAUAUUCUAGGCUAGGGUCCCCAGCAACCUUCUAUUCCCCAUUGCACUUCCUCAGACAGGCCAAGUGAACGAUUGUGUUCUAGCUGCCGCUGAACUCCAUCCAAAUGUGUUCUUAACUGACAGUAUUAAUGACAAAGACAUUGAGAAGCUUUCAGAGGGAAGCAGUGUGCACUUCUCCAUCUGUAGACACAGUAUUGACUUCCUUUUGGCAUUAUCAAAUCUUAUCUCUUUUUCUCUUUCUCUUUUUUCCCCCAUCUCCUUGGUUUAUUUUUCUAUUCUUCUCCCUCUUUCCCCCACCCUUACCCUUUCUUUUCAAUCAAUCUGGCUUCUGCAUUAUUAUUAUUAUCUCUGCAUAGACAAAAGCCUUAAAAAAAACCCAACAACAAUCAGAUUUGUUUUAUCGGCAGAUGCCUGAGUUUGUCCCACAAAACUAACAAUGCCUUCUUGUACUCCUGCCUUUGCAAAGGAUGACAAAAAAGGGAAAACUUGAGUAUCUGACUUCAACUUUGUGACUUCUGUUGUACAUACAUUGGGAGUUUCUAUGGAUUUGCGUCUAUUUAUUUAUUAUUAUUAUUAUUACUAUUCUUCUUAUCAUCAUCACUAUUAUUUGACUGCUUAAGCCCUUGUAUGGAACAGGAAAAGCCGUGUUCUAUCUGGGAAGCCUAUUUCCAUGCAGAGAGAAGGAAGACCUGUGGAUGCACUGUAUGGGAAAGCAACAAAGACUGGAAUCAGCUGGCAUCAGAGCCCACCUGUGAAACUCCAACUCUGUGUGGGAAGGAAGUAUUUGACACAUUUCCCUGAGCACCUUCAUGGAUCACGGAACCCUGUGCUUUGGGGCUACUCUCCCCCUCCCCCCCAGAUGACCAGAUACAAUAUAUUAAAGUAGAAAGAAAGAAAAAAGUUCCUGAAUUUUACAAGGUAGAAGGCAGUAUUAUAAGUUCAGAUGUAACCAUGUCUGUAGAAUGCCAAUGGUUUGUUUGUUUUUUUAAAAGUGUUAUCCACCAAGCUUUUGGUAAAUUAUGCUAAAAUUGGAUGUAUUUUUUGGUACAGUGUUAAUUUCAGGGUCAAGAUUGGAAUCUGAAGGCUUUGAUAAGAUAGGGCAAGCUGUAAAUGCUGAGGCAAAGUUUAUCUCCUAUCGUGCUUAUCAGACAGCAUCUUCUACCUUCCCUUUUUCCUCCCUUUCCCCAUCUCCUCUUUUCACUGUGCAAGCAAAAUCGUGCAUGGUCUUUGUCAAUUAAUACUUUGUGUGCAGGAAUUUACUGUGCACCCUGAGAGGCAUAGCCGAUCCAUAAAGGUGUAACAUAUUUAAUUAGAGAAAGCUAAUGGAAGUCAUUAGAGACGUUGAAACAUUUCUGCAUUGUUACAGAUAAUGCUAGACCAAAACAAAUUCAGACCCUGAAACAUGGAGGUCCUAAUGGAUUGGACCAAAAGGACUGAGAAGGAAAGGUAGUAAUAAAUCCCAGAGGCAACUAAAAUAUGUGGAUCUGUGGUGAUCCCUUGAUAUUCAGUAUAUACAGGUCCUGCCCUUGCUCUGUGCUCUGGCUGGAAGAGUCAUUUCAUUUAGAGCAUUGUUGGCUAUUGGAUGUAUGUGUUGUUGUUGUUUUUAAUUCAUUGAUAUUUUUGUUAUUGUUUUUAGGCAUGGCAUGGUUUGCCAAAGGGAGACUGUGCUAGCAUUGGAGGCAAGCUCAUAGAUAAACACUUUCUGAAAAAAAAAAAAAAAAAAAAAAA